CGGCUUCCAGUCUAUAAACACGGACAGAAGCACAAAGGUCCCAAAACAGAUAAAAAUUGCGUGAGAGAGUUUGAGAGAGUUUUUUUCGGAAUGAAGGUAGUGCAUUGGCUUCUAACGGUGGCUGUGGCCUGGUGGUUUCAACAAGACGGAGCUGCCACCGUGUGCGAACGUCAGUGUGGGAACGUGACCAUACCUUAUCCAUUCGGGCUCCAAAUUAAUUGUGCGAGGUCCAAAGAUUUUUUGCUCAGUUGCACCAACGCCGAAGGGAGCGGUCUUCGACUAAUGUUGGGGAGUCUUACCAUCCGCAAAAUCUCGGCCGGGGGCUCGACCAUGGUCGUCAGCCUCCCCGAAGCAUACGAGUGCUACGAUCAGAAUGGCAAUCUAACCAAAAAAAGCAAUCCUGUGGUCAUCGAUCUGUCUCCACAUCCUCGGUACAGAUUCUCUGAAACCCUGAAUAAACUCACCGUCCUCGGCUGCAACACCAUGGCCGUCGUGGCCGACAGUGCAGGGACGUUCGGGAGCGGGUGCAUCUCCUACUGCGGCAACAACGUUGACUUCGCCAACGAGACCACUUGCUCCGGUCGAGGUUGCUGUCAAGCAUCCAUCCCAAAGGGGGUCAAGACGCUUAACAUUAGCAUCUCCUCCCUCAACCGAAACCCGUCGGCCUUGCAAUUCGGCCACUGUGCACGGGCCUUCGUGGUGGACAACAGGUCAUUCAAUAUCUCAAACUUGACUCUUCCGAGGUUUGAGGAUGUGGGCAACACCCCGGGCCUUGUUCUAGACUGGAUGGUCGAAUCGGGCGUUAGAUGCGACAUGGCCAAGCGGAAGACGAGCUAUGCCUGUGCUCCCUACGCGGCAUGUAAGAACUUCGGGGAUGAACUAGGUUAUCGCUGCGCUUGCAUCGAUGGGUACGAGGGGGAUCCCUAUAAUGGGUGCACAGACAUCAAUGAGUGCAAGUACCCAAAAACAUAUCCAUGUCAUGGAAAGUGUAAGAAUACUCCCGGGAGCUACAAAUGCCAGUGCCGACUUGGAAAGAGGGGUAACGCUAGAAAAAGUUGCAAAGUUUCUCCUCUGGGCAUAGCCAUUCCAGUGAUGGCUAUGUCAUUCUUCGGCAUAACUGUUACUGCUUCAGUCUCGGUCACGAUGAGGUGGAGACUCAGAAUGAGCAACCUCAGACGAAAUGAAAAAGAGCUCAUGAAAAACUGCGAAGUUCCAAUCUUCACGGAGUCAAACUGGCAAAAGCAACCAACAAUUAUGAUGACCGCAAAAAGCUCCGCAACGAUGGUUUUAGUUCCGUCCAUAAAGGGAAACUAGAGGAGCACAACGGCACCGAGGUCAUGCGGGACACCGUGGUCGUGGUCAAGAAGCCUAAAGAUGUGGACAGGUCUCUACUAAACAAGGAUUUCCAGGAUCAGCUUGAAAUUCUUAUGAACAUAAGCUGCAAAAAUGUGGUGAAGCUCAAAGGCAUAUGCUUGGAGACUAGAAUACCAUCGUUGGUUUAUGAAUACAUUCCGAAUGGCACCCUCUUCCAAUUCAUCCAUCAAAAUGAGUCAACCAUCUCGUGGGAAAAAUGCUUCAAAAUAGCCACCCAAGCUGCUCUUGCACUACACUCCAUUGCACUUGAUUAUAUGCACUCCAAAAAACAAUCCCCAAUCUUUCAUGGCAACAUCAAGUCAGUGAACAUACUUCUGGAUCAAAACAACUCAGUGAAAAUAUCUGAUUUUGGAACUUCGAUACUCAUAUCACCAGAGCAUAGACAUAUCGUAGCCACUCAAAAAAAAGACUCGUGGGGUUACAUCGAUCCAGAAUAUUUUGUCACCGGUAUGCUAACACCUCAGAGCGAUGUAUACAGCUUUGGAGUUGUCCUUGUGGAGUUGCUCACAAGAAAGAAACUUCAUGUUACCGAGUCCGGAAAGUCAAUCAAUACUAUCCAUCGUUUCAUCUCUUCUGUGAAGGUCAACAAAUUCUCCGAUGUCAUAAACUUUGAGGGCGCUAGUGAAGACGAAAUGGAGAGAGUACGAACCGUAGCUAAGAUUGCAGUGAACUGCUUGGACCAAAGCGGUGCAAACAGGCCGACAAUGAGCGAUGUGGCUCAACAACUCGCCAGUAUCAACCCAAGCUCAACAGUUGAAGAAGAGAAUGAAGAGCCCGAACCGGGAGAGGAUCCAAGAAUCCUCAAGCUGUCCUUCCUGUCUGGGAAUGGAUUUAGCUUCUUCCUGUAUUUGAUCCUUUAUUACCGUAGCAACAUAUCUGUGAAUUUGUUAGGAAGGACUUCUAGGGUUGAUUAUGUGCUUGGAAUAUAUAUUAUGUGUGCCAUUAGCUUUUGGACUUUAUAUUUACGGAAGCAUCUUCGCAA